UUAGACAAUCAACUGACGUCACGGGAAGUUACUGUGACAACUGUUACAGACAACGUAAAAAACAUUGUGAUGUGAUCGAUGCUACAUUAACUGGGAAGAUGUAACCUUACGUAAACCGAAAUAACAAGAUUAGGAUCAAAAUGCUGGAUGAUUCAAUAGAAAAUGAAGAAGUUGUAAGGACUAAAAGCCUCCAAAAGAGAAAGUGAAUCCCCAAACAACAACAACAACAACAACAAAAACCAACCAAAGGAAGAAGAAAACCAGGUAACAGCCGAGUUUCCCGUUCUGACAGUAAAAUGUACUACAACUACAAAGGGCAGAAAAGUGAGAUACAGCCGUCCCUGAUGGUCAGUUGGUCGGAGAAUGAGGUGGACGGAGUUACCUACCAUUAUCGUCGCGGUGUCGCUAAACGGGAGGAACUCGACCACAGCAGAAUGGCGGUUAUUGAUAAACAUGCGCUGAGUAUACCAGACCAUCUGUUCAGAAAACCCUUACGCGACGUCGUCAGGUACCUAAUCCAACCAGCAAACGAUGAGAUCGAGAUUGCACGUGCACUGUUUCGAUGGAUCACUGCGCAGAACUUCGAUCUUCCAAUUUACGAUGACCCGGAUGUUAAGAAACUGCCAAACGAUUACGCAUGCGUACUACUGCAUAAAGUGAAAACGGGGAGUUUGGAAUAUGCAGAUGUUUACAGAGAUAUGGCUAAUUUAGCCAACAUAGAGUGUGUGAGGAUAGCAGGCGUCCGUAAAGUGUUUCCCAAGGAACCUUGUCCAACAGUCUGCAAGCUCACAACCUGGGUCUGGGUGUCUGUCUUGUUAGAAGGACGCUGGCGAUUGGUAGAUUGUCACAUGGGCGCCAUCUACUGGAAAGAAAGUAAAGAGUCUGGCAGUGCGGACCUGAAACCUGGAAAAGAUGGACGGAGAUCGCUGGCAUCCUUUCUUAACGAUUUCUAUUUUCUGACAAAUGCGAAAGACUUGAUUGUGUCACAUUUUCCAAACGUCGAGCACUGGCAACUGUUAUCAAAGCCAGUGAAGAAUGCAGAGUUUAUGACCAUGUCGUAUUUGACGCCUCACUAUUCGUUUUACUCAAUCCGGGCAAUUCAUCAAGACAGGUUAGUUGUACAGACGACAAAUGGUGAAACUUCGUUUGAAUUCGCCUUUUCUAAAAAUAUCCCAAUGCAGUUUUCGUAUCGGUUGAGGAAGAUAGACGGAAAUGAUUGUGCAGAAGCACCACAGAAUUUAAAAGAGUUUGUGUUCUUGGAAACGAACCGGAGAAACCAUCUCGUCAAGUAUUCGAUAACACCUCCCGAACAUGGUCAGUAUGUAUUUGAUUUGUUUGGCAAAGACAGCUCUAAUCAGAAAAAUAAAAAGAUGUAUCAUCUACGUUCGUACCUUGUCCAGUGUUUCUACGUUGAGCAACCAUUUUGUGGAUUCCCGCACAACGAACUCGUGGAAUGGGGACCUGGAAUAGCAGCAGACGCCGCUGGUAUGAUUCCAGUCAGCCAUUUUGAAGGAAUAGCAAAUACGAUUGAUGGCAAAGUGGAAAUUGUCUUCAGUUUGUCAAAACGGCUGAUAUUUGACCAGAAGCUGACGAAGAAAGAUUUAAUUACUUCUAAAUGUUAUGACGCCUAUGCUCUGAACAGAAUUGAGAAUGGGCAAGUCAUAUUCAGCGUUAAUCCUCCAAAACAGGGAGACUAUUGUCUGAAAAUAUUAGCAACGGAAAAAAACGGAAAUAGCCAGUUUCGAAAUGUAUGCACCUAUUUAAUUCGCUGUUCUGACAUCCUGGAGGAACCCACGCCGUACCCAAAGGAGGCCUGCGGUCGAGUCGGCGUGAAGAAUGCCUGUGGUCGUCUUGGCUUGACACUCAUCAGUCCCCAGUCGCCGGUCAUAUACUCCCCAGAAAACGGGAAGAUCUCCUUGAGGUUUCUGUUGUUCAAACCUGUUCUUCUGUCACCCAAACUGUAUUACUGUGACGAAAAAGGUAACACAGAGCAACUCACGGCAUGUUUAAAUCAGCACAGGCGUGCCAGUGACGUAAUAAUUCAUCUGAAAUUUCCCAGACAUGGUCUCUACCACUUUCGUCUGUCCAGCAGAAAUCCCAACAACGACGAGGGUUUUGUUGAGGUUUACAAUGCCAUUAUACACUGCAACUGGCCCUCGAGGGAGUUUCCCACCGAACCGCCAUGUUAUCUGGACGGUUGGAAAUCGAAUUACAUACUCCAUUCUCCCAAAAAGAAAUACCUAGCAGCUAAAUGCAGCGUAUUUGUUUCCUUGACCGUACCUGGUGCACACAGCGUGAUUGCGAAUAGCAUAUGGAGAAAAUACAAGUUGCAGCGAAAGAGAGACAGUUUGUGGGAAGGUUAUAUUGAAACUGAAGAGUGUAGUUCUAAAUCUGUCUGCAAAGUCGCAGCUUGUAUGGACAAACGGUUAUCGUCGUAUUCCUCACUUGUCGAAUUUACGAUUCUGUCCCAAUCUGAAAUGCAAAGACUACAGGAUAAUAGCUACCAAAUGGCGAUUCAGCGAAUUAACCGACUUGAGAACGAAGGAAAAUGGCGCCAUCCACCAAUCAACCCCGAUGUUGUGUGCGAUGUCGAUGACGACGACAUACCGCCGCAGUUUGUCACUGGCGACAAAACCACGGCCACACUUGACACAGGAGAAGCUGCGGACGCUGCUUUUCCAAUAAUUGCAGACUGCGAAUUUUCGAAAAGCUUCCACAUAAUCUCAGCAGACAAAUUGGAAUCGGGCGACCACGGUACAGAAACUACAAUAUUGCCGGUAGAAAAACACAUGAACACGAGCAGCAAUGCCGUAGGACCAAGGACCAAAAAGAAAGCACCAAAUAAACGCACCGGUUUGAAAAAAACAACGCAGAAGGAGUCACUAACAAAGAAUCGAUCGAAAACGCACAGCUACGACAAAGGGAAAAAAGAAAACAAAAAAUCGUCUCUAUACAACGACUUUAGUGCAAUACAAAUUCGACUGACUAAAAUCCUCUCGGCAAAGCUUUCAGCUUCAAAAAGUCAACCAGCUAAAACUCGUCCAGCGAAAUCCACUCCAGCGAAACGGAUAUCGGCUAAAAUCCCUGUGGUAGAUGUUGGUCGUUUUCUGUACAGCUUUGGCGAUCCGUCGGGGCACCAUGCGGAGAAGAAGGAAGAUUUGGACAAGAAACCACCAGGACGCAAAGAACACCCCAGAACGCCAGCAGUACACGGCGGAGUUAGCUCACGGGACGUCAUGAAACAGCUGGACCUGGAGAAGACGACAACCAGUCAGGUUUCUGAAGGCGCUGGAGGCGAUAAGUAUGGAUCAUGGACCAGCCCGUCUGACUCGGACUCUGAAAAGGACCUGAUGCAGAUUUCCGAGUAUGCUCGAUGGAAGACGGAACAAAACAACAAGACAUGCCAAAACUACGAGAAGACAGAGCAUGACUAUCGCAAAUCACGACUGGCUGUGUUGAAAACUCGUCUCCUGUCUAACAUCCAGAGUCGAGACAAACUUGGUCUGAAGGAGGCUGUGACAGAGGCGCAAAAAGAAAACAUCGCCGUGGACACGGUCGAAUUCGCCCAGGCCACCAGGACAAUGUCCAUGCUCAGUCUCAGAGAUGAAAUGAGAGACUACAUAGAUCAGAAAGAUUUGGAAGGACUCAGAAGCGCAAUAUCAGCCAUCCAAAGACGCGGCUUUGUGAAGGAUUUGUCCCACGACCUGGUACACGCUAAGGCCAGUCUGAAGCUUCUGGCGAGAACGUCACAAAAGCGAUUCAAGCUGGGUGUUAUCGAUAUCCCGACAUUAGCCGAGAUCUUCCGGUACCGCGAACCAUCUAUGGUCGUGCACCGAGUGUUUAUGGCGGCGCUUCUGUUGCUGGGGAUCCCCGAAGGAAUAACAAAGAAAUGGAAACGAUGUCAACAAAUCUGUGUGACCAUUGGUUCUGUUGGUCUAAACAGGCGCGUGCAUCAUUUGGUCAUUGAUGAAGUGCACCCAAUGAUCGCCGCCAGGGCCCGGCAGAUCAUGGAGACCUACAUUCCCGAGCAGGCUUUAGGUGUCAGCCCUGGAGUAGCUGCUCUGUACAAAUGGACUAGACAAGUUAUUGAUGAGGUUUUGCUCGACACUGAGGACCCCGAAAAUCCAGUACCACCUGCCAAUGAAAGAACCCAGAGACAGAUCCUGCGCGCGCUGUGAUGUCAUCAAUACCUUGUGGAGCAGACGAGGGGAAAAGAGGUCAAACAUGGCAGCAUCAUUUAAACAAAUAAACACAUAAAAUAAUUUUAAAACUCAUUCCGACCUUUACGGCCUUUAGUGAGUUGAUGAAAAACAACGUAUGGACAUAACUAACAGGAUCAUUUUGUCACAGAUAUAUAUAUAUAUAUAUAUAUAUAUAUAUAUAUAUAUAUAUAUAUAUAUAUAUACGUGUAUAUAUAUAUAUAUAUAUGUCUGUAUAAAAAUUACGAUUUUAUUAUGUCAGUGUAAAAAAAUAUAUAUAAAAAAAUUGCAUGUUUAUAACAAUAGAAAGAAGUGAAGAAGUGAAAUUAUGUAAGUUUUAAAAUAUGUAAAAAAAUGUAUAGUAUUCUGUGGAGUUUUAUAUAUUAUUUAUUUACUAUUUAAAAUUUAUUUUAAUCUAUACUGUACAUGAAAUUGAAAAAUAUAUGACUUUGAAUUAGGUUUGUCAAUCCGUUCAUCUUUCUAUUCUUCUAUCUGUCUUUCUGUCAGUCAUAUAAUAGUUUUUGGAGAGAACAUUUAAUAGUCAACAUAUUUUUACCAAUUUUGUUGCAAGAGUGUAUUUCAAAUUAUAGUAAUAAUUAUUUUAAUACAAAUAAUUAUGUUGUACAUAUAGGCCUAUAUGAAAUUGUUUAUUUUAUUAUCCUAUAAACUCUGUAUAGAA